AUGCUGUCUCUGGAACUCGUCCUGCUGGCUGCUCUUCUCCUGAGGGGUGACAGUGCAGGAGCCACCCAGGAACACAUCUCGUUCCACAUCAUCCAGACCUCAUCCUUUGCCAACCACUCCUGGGCACAACAUCAAGGCUCAGGUUGGCUGGGUGAUGUGCAGACUCAUGGCUGGGACAGCGAGUCUGGCACGAUCAUUUUCCUGCACACCUGGUCCAAGGGCAACUUCAGCAACGAGGAGCUGAUAGAUCUGGAGCUGCUAUUCCGUGUCUACUUCAUUGGAUUAACUCGGGAGACUGAAGAAUAUGCCAGUCAACUGCACUUUGGAUAUCCUUUUGAAGUACAGGUGAGAGCUGGCUGUGAGCUACAUUCUAGUGACAUUGAAAAAGCCUUCUUACAGGCAGCUUAUGAAGGGUCAGAUUUCCUGAGUUUCCAAAACCUGUCAUGGGUGCCAGCUCCAGAGGGUGACAGCAGAGCCCAGAGUGUCUGUGAUCUCAUGAACCAGUACGAAGGCAUCAAGGAAACCGUGCACAGGCUCCUCACAAACACCUGUCCCCGAUUUGCCUUGGGUCUCUUCGAUGCUGCGAAGGUGGAUUACAAGAGGCAAGUGAGGCCGGAGGUCUGGCUGUCCACUGGCCCCAGUCCUGGUCCUGGCCGUCUGCUGCUGGUGUGCCAUGUCUCCGGCUUCUACCCAAAGCCUGUGUGGGUGAUGUGGAUGCGGGGUGAGCAGGAGCAGCGGGGCACGCAGCGAGGCGACGUCCUGCCCCAUGCUGACGGGACGUGGUAUCUCCGAGUGACCCUGGACAUGGAGGCUGAGGAGGCGGCCGGCCUGUCCUGCCGGGUGAGACACAGCAGUCUAGGAAACCAGGACAUCAUUCGGUACUGGGGACACCACCUUUCCUGGUACUUGAUCCUGUUGGCCGUGAUAGUGCCCCUAAUUCUUCUGAUAGUCCUUGCAUUGUGGUUUAAGAAGCGCUGCUCCUAUCAAGAUAUCCCGUGA